AUGCAUAUAAAAUUCCCUGAUGAGGAUAUCAUGACCUUGUUUGAGGAGGAGGUCGAGAAUGAGGACCGGGAUAAGUGGAUCAUGUGGUUCGACGGUGCAUCUAAUGCACUAGGACAUGGAAUUGGGGCAGUAUUAGUUUCCCUAGACAAACAAUAUAUACCUUUCAUGGCUAGGUUGGGCUUCAAAUGCACAAACAACAUAGCGGAGUACGAGGCAUGUGCCCUUGGGAUCCGAGUAGUAAUCGACUUUAGGGUCAAGUUACUCAAGGUAUACAGGGACUCGACAUUGGUAAUUCAUCAGUUGAAGGGUAAAUGGGAGACCAGACGCCACAAAUUGGUGCCUUACCAGGCUUACAUUAGGAAAUUGAUGGAACUCUUUGAUGACAUAUCAUUUCAUCACAUUCCUAGAGAGGAAAAUCAGAUGGUCGAUGCCCUUGCCACUCUAGCGUCCAUGUUCCAACUAAGCCUGCAUGGAGAUUUGCCGUACAUCGAAUUCAGAUGUCAUGACAAGGAAUACCCACCUGAGGCCUCUAACAACGACAAGAGGACGUUACGAUGGUUGGCGACCGAUUUCCUCCUAAGUGGAAAUAUGUUGUACAAGAGGAACCAUGACAUAGUACUGCUUUGGUGUGUGGAUGCAAGAGAGGCUGAACAGAUGCUAAUAGAGGUGCAUGAGGGAUCCUUUGGUACACAUGUCAAUGGGCAUGCCAUGGCCCGUAAGAUUCUGAUAGCGGGGUAUUACUGGCUCACAAUGGAGAACGAGUGUUGCGUUCAUGCAAUGGCUCCAAAGAAGCUCCUCACUAAAAGGGCAAGGAAGGACACCGCAGGGGAGGGAUCCAGUGCAGCUCCACAAGCAGAAAUUGAGUUUGACGGACUCCAUUUCUGA